AUGCGCAGAUUAUUUGCGCCAUCAAAAUACAAAAUCACCCAAACAUUUCAUCGAGACUACAAUGUAUUAUUCUUUGGGAGAGACACAUUCUCCAGUGUAGUGUUUAGCGAGUUGAGUCAGGCCAAAGAUGUCUUGGACUUGCUUGUUGUUGCGACUACGCCGGACCAGUGGAUCGGACGGAGGCGGCAAACAUUGUCAGUCGCUCCACUCAAGCAGAUAGCUCAAUCUGUCCAAGUGCCUGUGAUUCAUGUUCCCGAGGAUAGGGAUGAAUUCUCCCACUGGAUACCGCCCGAACCUUUUAACGAAUCCUCGAACAAAAAUAUCUUAGUGACAGCUUCGUUUGGCAGGCGUAUUCCAAGCAGCUGUUUGGAUAUCUUUCACCGCGGCAGAAAGCUUAACGUUCACCCUUCACUGUUACCCAAGUACCGUGGCGCAGCUCCUAUUCAGCAUGCACUCCUAGAUGGAGUUGAUACCACGGGCAGAACUAUGGAUAUACCUAUGGGCUCCACUUACAUGUCUCUGGAACCAAAAUUAGCGAAAAUGGGCGGCCAACUAUUGGUUGAAAUUUUGCGCAAAGCUAAAUCAGAUUCUCUGUUUACUGCCUAUUCUCAAGAUCACUCGCGGGCCACAAAGGCGAGGCUAAUUAGGGCAGAGCAGAGUGAGAUUGAUUGGAAGGCGUGGAAUGCCGAGCGCAUAGAGCGCACACACCGUGCAAUCGGUCACCAGCGCCCAGUUUUUACCUAUAUACCAGACAAGCACACUUCUCGAUUGCAAUUACUGGAGAUGCGCACAGCUGCCGAGAGCGACACAAAGGUUGAACUGAACGUACCUGGUAAAGCCUUGUUUUACCCCUCGGAUAACACUUUACGAAUAGGCUGCGCCGAGGGAACUCAGUUGAUUGUUUCAAAAUUAAAAACAGAAAACAAGAGCGCACUAAAGGCGAAGGAAUGGUGGAAUGGUGUCCCGCCCAUAUGGCUUCAGAAUGGGUUCCUACAAUUGGAUCCUAUCGUCUUUUAG